AGUUUGAUCUCUGGGUUUCGACGAGAAGCAUCAUUUUGGUGAUUCGAUUCAAAUUUUUGCCGUGUUUACUGUGAUAACCCAACUGUUUGACACUUGCAUAAGUUUGCAGAAUAGUGGAAAAUUUUGAUUAUCAAAUCGAGUAUAAAGAAAAUAGAAUAUUGAAAUGGAGGUGCCACCGCCACUAGUCCUAAAGCGGCAGCUCUUUGUGCCCAGCAAGACGCUUAUGGGACCGGGUCCAUCGAAUUGUUCACAGCGUGUGCUCGAGGCGAUGAGUAAUCCGGUCCUGGGACACAUGCAUCCAGAGUGCCUACAGAUCAUGGACGAGGUGAAGGAGGGCAUCAAGUACAUAUUCCAGACGUUGAACGAUGCGACCAUGUGCAUCAGUGGCUCGGGGCACAGCGGAAUGGAGGCGGCUCUGUGCAAUCUGAUUGAGGACAACGAUGUCGUUCUCAUGGGCAUCUCGGGUGUUUGGGGACAUCGGGCGGCGGAUAUGGCGCGACGCUAUAACGCCGAUGUGCGCUAUGUGGAGGCGAGUUUUAGUCGUGCCCUGACCCUGGACGAGAUUCGCUUUGCAUUCGAUACACACAAGCCGCGUGUGUUCUUUAUUGCCCAGGGUGAUUCAUCGACCGGGAUAUUACAGCGGCAUAUUCCGGAGAUUGGUGAACUGUGUCAGCAGCACGAUUGCUUUUUGGUUGUGGAUGUGGUUGCCUCACUGGGCGGCACCAAUUUCCUCAUGGACGAAUGGAAGGUGGAUGUGGCGUAUACGGGAUCACAGAAGUCACUGGGUGGUCCGGCCGGUCUCACACCCAUCUCGUUCAGCAAACGCGCCAUGACCCACAUCCGACAGCGAAAAUCCAAGCCGAAAGUCUACUAUUUUGAUGUGCUGCUCCUCGGACAGUAUUGGGGCUGUUAUGGCACCCCGAGGAUCUAUCAUCACACAAUCUCCACGACACUGCUCUAUGGUUUAAGGGAGGCGCUGGCCCAUUUCUGUGCGAUGGGCUUGAGGAAUGUGGUGCAACGGCACCAGGAGUGCUCUGCCCGGCUGCAGCUGGGCAUCGAGGAGCUGGGCUUGGAGAUGUUUGUCCAGGAGGAAAAGGAUCGUUUGCCUACAGUGAACACUAUUAAGGUGCCCUUCGGCAUCGAUUGGAGAAAGGUGGCUGAUUAUGCAAUGCGCAAAUACAAUCUGGAAGUUAGCGGUGGGCUGGGUCCAACAGUGGAGCAUGUGUUUCGAAUUGGGCUGAUGGGCGAGAAUGCCACACUGGAAAAGGUCGAUAUGGUGCUGAGCAUUUUAAACGAAGCCAUUCAUAGCAUAAAGUUGCGUGCAGUUAAAACCGAACGCUCCAAAAUAUGAUAAUGCUUGACAAAUACAUUUAUUACCUUUCUUCAUUUCAAUAAAAUUACUCAAAAAACA